CGCCAAGCUAACUCAAAACCCAAAAUGCCUGUGCCUCAUAAUUUGGAUUGCAAAUCAGCUCACAGUCUUAAUCCAAACUCAAAAAACAACGCGUACCCAUUUCUUCAUUCUUAGGUUUUCCACGUCAUCAACCUGCAGCUUCUUCGCACACUGUAAGAAAUCAAACUGCUUUUUUUUUUUUGCGGGGCCUGAAGGGUUUCUUCUGUGAACGAGAUUUGAGCUGGUGUUUUGACUCUUAAGAUUCUGGUGCUAGAAGGUGCUAAGCUUUAUGGGUUCUGAGUCUCCAGUCAAUUUCUCAGGUGGAUCUCCUAGGGCUAGGGUUCACCAUGUUACCCAAACUAGCAAUGACCUUGACAGUGACAUUGGGGGUGUUGAAUUUGCAACCUACACUGUCCACAUACCCUCUACACCUGAUAAUCAGCCCAUGGGAAUGUCCAUGGAGUGGUCCACUUCUCAGAGAGUUGAGGACCAGUAUGCUUCCAGUUCUUUGUUUACCGGCGGUUAUAAUUGCAUUACCCGAGCUCAUUUGAAGGAAAAGGUGAUUGAGUCCGUAACUAGCCAUCCCCAGAUGACCGGUGCGAAAGGGUCGAAUUGCUCUGUGCCCGGUUGUGAUGCCAAGGUAGUCACUGAUGAGAGGGGAGUAGACAUAGUCCCGUGUGAGUGUGAUUACAAGAUCUGUUUGGAUUGUUAUAGGGACGCUAUAAGAACCGGUGAUCAUAUUUGUCCUGGCUGCAAAGAACCUUAUAAGGAGCUGGAUGUGAGUGAGUAUGCUGGGAAUAAUGGGCAGCAUCUGCAGGUGCCAUUCACUUCGAAGAUGGAGAGGAGGUUGUCGUUGAUGAAGUCAACAGCAGUGAUGGGGCGUCAGAGCGGUGAGUUUGAUCAUACCAAAUGGUUGUUCGAGACAAAGGGGAGUUACGGAUAUGGAAAUGCUAUAUGGCCAAAGGUUGCUGUGGAUGGGAGCCAGGAGGGGAUUGGCGGUGAUCCUAAAGUCUUUCAUGACAAGCAAUGGAGGCCACUUACGCGCAAACUGAAUAUCUCUGCUGCAAUUCUGAGUCCUUAUCGGAUCCUAAUAUUAGUUCGAAUGGUUGUCCUUGGACUAUUUUUGCAAUGGAGAAUCAGAAACCCUAAUGAGGAUGCAGUGUGGUUGUGGGCUAUGUCUGUCGUUUGUGAAAUCUGGUUCGCCUUCUCCUGGCUACUUGAUCAGCUUCCAAAGCUCUGUCCCAUCAAUCGCAUUACUAAUCUUGAUGUUCUAAAGGAGAAGUUUGAAUCACCUAAUCCCAGCAAUCCUACUGGAAAAUCUGAUCUUCCAGGCAUGGAUAUUUUUGUAUCAACAGCAGAUCCAGAGAAGGAACCACCUCUUGUCACUGCAAACACCAUUCUAUCAAUUCUGGCAGCUGACUACCCUGUUGAGAAGCUUUCUUGCUAUGUUUCUGAUGAUGGAGGUGCACUUUUGACCUUUGAGGCCAUGGCAGAAGCUGCUAGUUUUGCUAAUUUGUGGGUGCCAUUUUGCCGGAAGCAUGCUAUUGAGCCACGAAAUCCAGAAUCGUACUUCAAUCUGAAGAGAGAUCCUUAUAAGAAUAAAGUACGGCCAGAUUUUGUCAAGGACCGCAGAAGGUUGAAGCGUGAGUAUGAUGAAUUUAAGGUUAGGAUUAAUGGCCUUCCUGAUUCAAUUCGAAGACGUUCAGAUGCCUAUAAUGCUCGGGACGAGAUGAAGGCUAUGAAACUUGGGAGAGAGAUUGGAAAUGAUGAAGCAGUAGAAAAGAUAAAGAUCCCGAAAGCUACUUGGAUGGCUGAUGGAACCCAUUGGCCUGGCACUUGGACAGUUUCUGUGCCUGAGCAUUCUAGGGGUGAUCAUGCCAGUAUCAUGCAGGUGAUGUUGAAACCUCCUAGUGAUGAACCACUUAGAGGAACAUCAAUGGAUUCAAGUUCCUUGGACCUAAGUGAGGUUGAUAUUCGUCUCCCCAUGCUCGUUUAUGUUUCUCGCGAAAAGCGGCCUGGCUAUGAUCACAACAAGAAAGCUGGUGCCAUGAAUGCUCUGGUUCGUGCCUCAGCGGUCAUGUCCAAUGGCCCCUUCAUUCUCAACCUUGACUGUGACCAUUACGUCUACAACUCCCAAGCACUGAGAGAAGGUAUGUGCUUCAUGAUGGACCGCGGUGGUGAUCGCAUUUGUUACGUGCAGUUUCCUCAGAGGUUUGAAGGAAUUGACCCUUCUGAUCGCUAUGCCAACCACAACACUGUUUUCUUUGAUGUCAACAUGCGUGCGCUUGAUGGCCUUCAGGGUCCAGUGUAUGUAGGAACUGGAUGCCUCUUUCGUCGCACUGCCCUUUAUGGCUUUGAUCCUCCUCGGGUGAAAAAGUGUCGUAAUGGUUGCUGUUGCUGCAGUGGUUUCUGCGCCCGUCGUCGCACAAGGAAAUCUUCUUCAUCAGUUGCUUCUGCCCCUGAAGUUGCCUCCCAAGACUGCCAAUCAAUUGAAGUUGGAGAGUUUGGUGAUGAUGAAGAAAUGAAUCUUGCUCUUGUUCCUAAAAAGUUUGGAAACUCAAGCUUCCUUGUUGACUCAAUUCGAGUGGCAGAAUUCCAAGGUCGGCCCAUUGCUGAUCAUCCAUCCAUGAAACAUGGACGGCCCCCGGGCGCUCUCACUCUCCCUCGGGAGCUUCUUGAUGCAUCAACGGUUGCAGAGGCAAUCAGUGUCAUCUCAUGCUGGUACGAGGACAAGACUGAAUGGGGCCAGAGAAUUGGGUGGAUUUAUGGAUCAGUAACUGAAGAUGUGGUGACAGGUUACCGGAUGCACAACCGUGGAUGGAGAUCUGUUUAUUGUGUUACAAAGAGGGAUGCUUUCAGAGGGACUGCCCCCAUCAAUCUUACUGACCGGCUGCAUCAGGUGCUCCGAUGGGCUACUGGCUCUGUUGAGAUUUUCUUUUCUCGCAACAAUGCUCUUCUGGCCAGCUCAAGGAUGAAAAUUCUGCAAAGGAUCUUUUACCUGAAUGUGGGAAUGUACCCUUUCACUUCCUUUUUCCUCAUUGUCUACUGCUUCCUUCCCGCGCUCUCCCUCUUUUCUGGUCAGUUCAUUGUUCAGUCCCUCAACAUAACCUUCCUGGCAUACCUCCUGGGCAUCACAAUCACCCUCAUUCUUCUCGCCGUGCUGGAGAUCAAGUGGUCUGGCAUUGCACUGGAAGAGUGGUGGAGGAACGAGCAGUUUUGGUUGAUUGGAGGCACAAGUGCUCAUCUAGCUGCUGUGCUGCAAGGCCUUCUGAAGGUGAUAGCAGGAGUAGAGAUUUCCUUCACUUUGACAUCGAAAUCUGGUGGUGACGAUGCAGAUGAUGAGUUUGUUGAUCUCUACAUCUUCAAAUGGACGUCUCUGAUGAUACCACCCAUCACCAUCAUGAUGACAAACUUGAUUGCAAUUGCAGUUGCAACUUGUCGAACGAUAUACAGCGUGAUACCGCAGUGGAGCCGGUUGCUUGGAGGUGUGUUCUUCAGUUUCUGGGUGUUGGCUCAUUUGUAUCCGUUUGCCAAAGGGCUCAUGGGAAGAAGAGGGAAGACACCCACCAUUGUGUUUGUGUGGUCUGGCCUUAUGGCAAUCACCAUUUCUCUCCUUUGGGUGGCUAUCAGCCCCCCAUCAGGCACUAAUCAAAUUGGGGGCUCAUUCCAGUUCCCUUAGUUUGUCUAGUUUACUAGUAUUAUUUUAUUUGUUUUUUGUCCAACUAAAUUCAACUUCAAGGCUGAACCCGUAGGAAUUUUCAUGUCUCAGUGAAAUGUAAAUUGUUUUAGCUAUUUGUUUUUUUGUUUUUACUCAUUUUGGAUUUGAUGUUCAA